AUGGACACCAACACUCUCCCACCUUUCCCAGACGACGUACCAUCCCAUCCAUUGCUCGUCAUUGACUAUGCUUUGAUCAAAGCGAACGACGAAGCCGAGAAAGAGCGUCUUUGGACCGCUGGGACCAGCCUCGGGUUCUGGUAUUUGAAGAAUCAUGGAGUCGACAGCGAGGUCCAAGGGAUGUUCGAAAUGGGUGCAGAAACUAUGGCGUUGCCCAUGGAGGAAAAAAUGAAGUACGAACAAGGAGAUGAUGGGGUCUCGUUUGGGUACAAGGCAGCCGGAGCUAAUGCGGUGGAUGCCUCUGGUACCCUCGACACAGCACAAUUCAUCAAUGUAGCUAAAGACGAUGCUCUUGCCUGGCCACAACAAGCUCGGCGCUCGUAUCCGCGCACUGUUGACGCUCGAAUGGACAUGACAAUCAAGCCUUUCGUUGAAAAGGCUCUUGACGUCAACAUGACGCUUAUCGCAGUCUUUAACGACAAACUUGGACUCCCCAAAGAUACAUUGGCGAAGCAACAUUUGCGGGAAGAAUACAGCGGAAGUGAGACGAGAGUCCUCUACAGUCCACCAGCAGGCAAGGAUACACAGGCGAUCGGAGCACAUACUGAUUUCGGGUCCUUGUCAUUCCUGCAUAACCGGCUUGGUGGACUGCAAGUUUUCGUGCCCGGCUCAGAGGAUUGGCAAUAUGUGAAGCCUAUUCCCGGCCACGCAAUUUGUAACCUUGGCGAUGCAAUGGCCAUCUUUAGCGGUGGAAUUCUGCGCUCUAAUUUGCAUCGCGUCGUCUCACCACCAGGUCUUCAAAGCACGCAUUACCGCUUCUCACUCGUGUUCUUCACUCGACCAGGCAACUCAAUCGUUCUUCGGGCAUUGAAGGAAGAGAGUUCCAUGAUUGCAGAUGCCGUUGCGCGUGCACCCGAUGCAGCGAAAUAUGAGACGGGUGCAACCUCGUUGGAAUGGUUCACUCGAAGAAUCAAGAACCAACGGAUCAAGAAUCGGACUGGACCUGAGACCUGGAUGGCCAGUCGUGGGACCGAGCACACGGAGCAUACGGCAGCAGGUAAUGAGAUCGAAGCCUCUGCCUAA